CCACCUCUUUAUUACAAUUUAUUUAUUAGUAAUGCCCUUGUCCAAGUAAAAAUAUCUUUUAAGGUUAAUUACGGAUACGGAGGUAGUAUUUAUCUACAACGUGCCGCGACGGCCGGCGUCUGUUUCCUUCUCGCCCACGCGUGUAUUUCAGAAAGCUCUCCAUAUAAAUUCUAAGAAUCGGAGUUUUCCAUAAUCGAUCCUUCUCUCUCUCUUCAAAGCAGCUCACUAUGUCGGUAAAAACAGUCAAAGUUAGUAAUGUUUCUUUAGGAGCAACUGAGCGAGACCUCAAGGAGUUCUUUUCUUUUUCUGGUGAUAUUGAAUAUGUUGAAGUGCAGAGGGAUAAUGAACAUUCUCAAACUGCCUAUGUUACCUUCAAAGAUUCACAGGGAGCAGAAACUGCUGUUCUUCUUUCAGGAGCAACAAUAGUAGAUCUGUCAGUUACCAUAACUCCGGAUCCAGAUUAUCAGCUGCCACCAGAAGCUUUAGCAUCCUCUGCAACAGAAAACACAACUCCUGGCGGUGCUGAAUCUGCCUUCCGGAAGGCAGAGGAUGUAGUCAGUAGCAUGCUUGCUAAAGGAUAUAUCUUAGGCAAAGAUGCAGUGAACAAAGCAAAGACUCUUGAUGAGAAGCACCAAUUGACUAAAUCAGCCUCAGCUAAAGUUGCUUCUUUUGACAAAAAAAUAGGGUUGACUGAGAAGAUUAGUGCUGGCACAACUGUUGUGGGUGACAAAGUCCGGGAAGUGGAUCAGAAAUAUCAGGUUUCAGAGAAAACUAAGACAGCAUUUGCAGCAGCUGAGCAAAAAGUCAGUACUGCAGGAUCUGCUAUUAUGAAGAACCGUUAUGUUUUUACUGGGGCUGCUUGGGUAACAGGAGCUUUCAACAGGGUUGCAAAGAAAGCUGGGGAGGUUGGCCAGAAGGCAAAAGAAAAAGUAGGAGUUGCUGAAGAGGAGCAAAAGCGGAAAAUGGUAGAUGAAUUUGCACAUGUUCAUCUAUCUGAGUCACCAAAAGCAUCUGGUGAAAGUGAGCAACCACCUUCUAAGCCUGCCCCUGUUCAAGGUUUGAUCCUUUGAUUUACUACUGUAAAAUUUUUUUUUUUU